AUGACUUCAUCAAGUAUGUCUUGUUAUGCAAAUAGUUCAGCGGCUAGUACAUCAAGUCGUACGAAUGAUAGUGACACGAUUUUAAUGGCAAAUAAAUUGAGUAAUAUUCGUUUAGGUGGACGUGAAGAACGACAACAAGCACUGGAUCGUUUGGAAAUACUUAAAACGGUUGGUACCGGUUCAUAUGGCCGUGUUCUUGUAGUACGAGAUCGUGAUACAAAAGACUAUUAUGCAUUAAAACUAUUGUCUAUUAAAUCUGUUAUUGUAUCUCAGCAGACUGAACAUGUUAAAAAUGAAAAAGAUAUAUUAUCAGCUUUAAGACAUCCAUUCAUAAUUCGACUUUAUUGGACACAUCAUUCGGAUCAAUUUCUUUAUAUACUUCUUGAUUAUAUACCUGGUGGUGAACUAUUUACAUAUAUGAGAAGACGAGGUACAUUUGAUUUAAAAACGUCUUUAUUCUAUAUAUGUGAAAUCAUUGUUGCAUUUGAAUAUCUACAUUCAUUACAAAUUAUUUAUCGUGAUUUAAAACCAGAAAAUAUUCUUCUUGAUGGUGAAGGGCAUGUUAAACUUGUUGAUUUUGGUUUUGCAAAGAAAAUUUCAAAUAAAACAUUUACUACUUGUGGUACACCUGAAUAUUUGAGUCCAGAAUUAAUUAAAACUGCAGGUCAUAAUAAAUGUACAGAUUGGUGGAGUUUAGGAAUAUUAUUAUUUGAAAUGUUAACUGGAGUAACACCAUUCAAUCCAGAUGGAAAGGAUAAUGAAAUUCAUGGUCGUAUUUUAGCUGGUAAAAUUACAUGGCCGACAAAUUUAAUAAAUGAAGUAACAAAAGCAUUUAUUAAAAAAUUAUUAACACAAAAUCCUGAUAAACGUCUUGGUGCUGGUCGAAAUGGUUCACGUGAAGUAAAAGAUCAACCAAUAUUUCUAUCUACUAGAUGGGAUGAUGUUUCUGCAAGAAAAUUAAAACCACCAAUUGUACCUAAACUUGAGCAUCCAGGUGAUACACAAUGUUUUGAUCUAUAUGAUGAAGAUUGGAAAUCAGUAGCAUUUGCAUCCGAUACGGAACUUGCUAUGUUUUCAGAUUUUUGA